UUACAAAUAAAAGAAAAUUUUUGGUUGCGAUAUCUCACAAGUUUCUGCUAUAAAAAUUUCUUUGUUAAAACAUAUUGAAUACAAAAUAAAAUGUCUUAUCAAAGUUUACGUGAAUAUUGUACCAAUACAAUCUUUAGAAAGCGACUUAUUUCGUACGUUGCCCCAUGAUCUCGGAGACACGCGGCAAUAACGCACCAGAAGCUGAUAACAGAGCAGUCUAGCGAUACGGAUAUACUACAAGUGUUGAUAAAUCUCACCAGUCAUUAAGAAAAGAAAGAGAAAGCGCCUUAGUGAAAAGUCGAAUGUGAGGACUCGAGGAAACACAGACGAAAGAAAUGGGCACGAAAGUACUCAUCGAGAUGCAACAGCAACUGAGACAUGCUAUGUCCAGUUCAGGAAAUACUCCGACCAGUGCAAAGAAAUUAGAAGAUACAAUGGACAUCUAUAAUUCCAUAUUCCUAGUCUUUGAGGAUAUCACAUACAAUGCAAGACCCUGGAUUCUUUCUAAAAGAAAGGCUGAACUGUUGAAGAACGUGAGUGGCGAAUUCAGAGCCGGUGAACUCACGGCGAUAAUGGGACUGUCCGGUGCAGGAAAGUCCACAUUGAUGGAUGUUCUGGCGGGUUUUACGUUAGUAGACCUCUCACUUAUACUUUUGCCUGUGUAA